AUGCCCCACCCUGUCCUCACAUAUUCCUGCGGUUCGCGGUGCACCUCCCUCGUCUUUCAAGCCAGCAGGUGGAAAGCUUCCGACGGCCAUGGCGCGUUCGCGAGUGGCUGCAUGGACCAUCACGACCGCCCGUUCAUCGUCCAGCAGUUCGACGACAUCUCCGCGUCAGGAGGCGGGCGGCGCAUCAUCGUGGUGGCCGCACACUACCCGCACAGCAAGGACAGGAGAAAGUUGCGCGAUGCGCUGGCGUCUGUUGCGGAGGCCACCGGCGUGCAGGGGACCAUCCUCAUCGCGGACACGAACGAGGACUUCAGCGUCUCCAACGACAAGGUGAUGCGGGAUAUCAACGCACCUGGCAAUUUGUGGGUCAGCACCGACCUGCACAACACGUGCUGCUGGAACAACGGCGUCAACAGCUUCGCACAAGGGAACACCUACGACCGCAUCAUCGCGAACUUCGGGCGCAUGGCCUCCACCACGGUGCUCCCGCUGCCCGUGUGGGGAAGGACCGGCGAGUUCCACCGGGCCGUGCGCGGCGUUCUCCUCGACGCUCCAGCCGAGGCAAGCGGCGAUGAGGUUCAUCUCCGUGCGCUUCAAGACAACAUUUCUCGGAAGGCGCCCCUGAGGCAGCUCGGCUCGGUCGCCCGUCCUGCGGGCGCCGCGCCCGCCGAGGCGCCGCGCUCGGGCGACGUCGAGAUACGGAAGCUCAUCCUGUCGGCGCAACAGAGGGAGGAGGCGGAGAACCUGACGAAGAAGCUGGAGAAAGCCCAGGCCGACCUGGACCAGGCCCACCUCAGCGAGAAGAAGGCGCUCGAGGGGAGGAAGGAGGCCGAGAGACUGGCGAAGGCCGCGGCGCGAAACGAGCGGGAGGCCGAGAGGCUGAACGCCGUGGCCGCGGACGAGGUGCUCGUCGCGGCCUCCGCGGCAGCGAGGGCCGAGCAGCUGCGCCAGGAAAUUCAGAACAACACCGAGGGCAAAGUCGUUGCAGAGUCGCUGGCGACCCGGCUGAAGGAAGAGGAAGACUUGGACUCCGCCCACCAAGGUGAGGCGCGGAAGACACAAGAGAAAGCGACCUCCCUCAAGAACAAGGCGGCGGAGCUGUCCGCGAGCUCCGACUACAUGAUGAAGGAGGCCGAAAGCCGGGAAAAGGCAGCGAAGAAGGAGGUGGAG